GAAAGCCGGGCUGCAGAAGAACCAUCGGGCCGGCGCGGUGGACGUGGCCACAACAACACUUGACAGCUGACCUCCCUCGCCGCAUGAUGAUCGGCUCCUUCAAGCAGAUGAAGAAGGACGAGGAGGAUGGUGGCGGCAACCCGUACCACAGCACGGACAAAACGUCUGUGCUGCAGGAGGCGCGGGUGUUCAACGAGACGCCGGUGAACGUGAAGCGCAGCAGCCAUGUCCUCACCAAGAUCCUCUACCUCCUCAACCAGGGUGAGACGCUGGCCACCAAGGAGGCCACCGACGCCUUCUUCGCCAUGACCAAGCUUUUCCAGAGCAAUGACCUUGUGCUGCGCCGCCUCGUCUACCUCGGCAUUAAGGAACUGUGUCUGAUUGCCGAGGACACCAUCAUCGUCACGUCAUCCCUCACCAAGGACAUGACCGGGCGUGAGGACCAGUACCGAGCGCCAGCCAUCCGUGCUCUCUGCCGCAUUACUGAUGCCAGUAUGAUGCAGGCCAUUGACCGCUACAUGAAGCAGGCCAUCGUGGACCGAGCCCCAGGGGUGAGCAGCGCCGCCCUGGUGUCCUGUCGCCACAUCAUGAAGGAUUCGCCCGAGGUGGUAAAGCGAUGGGUCUCCGAGGUGCAGGAGGCCCUCAGCUCUGACUGCGUGAUGGUACAGUUCCAUGCGCUGGGGGUGUUGCACCAGAUCCGCAAGUCAGACAAGCUGGCCGUGACUAAACUGGUGUCCAGGCUCACCUCCUCCAGCCUGCGCUCACCCUACGCCAUCUGUCUGCUGAUCCGUAUUGUGGCACGUCUCAUUGAGGAGGACGAGGUUGGCCUUGACUCCCGGUUCUCGGACUUCCUGGAGUCGAUGCUGCGCCACAAGGCCGAGAUGGUGACCUACGAGGCGGCCAAUGCCAUCGUCACCCUCAAGCGCUCCUCCGCCCGGGACCUGCCACCAGCCAUCUCCGUGUUGCAGCUCUUCCUCUCCAGCCCCAAGCCCACUCUCAGGUUCGCAGCCGUACGCACUCUCAGCAAGGUGGCAAUGACGCACCCCAAUGCCGUCACUGCCUGUAACCUGGACCUGGAGAACCUGAUCCAGGACGUGAACCGCUCCAUCGCCACGCUUGCCAUCACCACCCUCCUGAAGACCGGCUCAGAGGGCUCCGUGGACCGCCUCAUGAAGUCCAUCUCCUCCUUCCUCAACGACAUAUCGGAUGAGUUCAAGAUUGUCGUGGUGGAGGCACUGCGUUCCCUGGCCCUCAAGUACCCCAGGAAGCAGGCGGUGCUGAUGGGCCAGCUGGCGGACAUGCUGCGCAGCGAGGGAGGGCUGCCCUACAAGGAGGCCAUCGCCAGCACCAUCAUCACAAUCAUCGAGGACAACCCAGAGGCCAAGGAGAAGGGUCUGGACCACUUGUGCGAGUUCAUUGAGGACUGUGAGCACACCACCCUGGCCGUGCGCAUCAUCCACCUGCUGGGCCGCGAGGGACCACGCACCCGCCAGCCAUCACGAUACAUCCGCUUCGUGUACAACAGGGUCAUCCUUGAGAAUGCAGCGGUCCGUGCAGCAGCAGUGUCAGUGCUGGCCAAGUUUGGUGCUCAGUGUGAUGGUCUGCUGGCCAAUAUCCUGGUGCUGCUGCAACGCUGCAUGAUGGACACAGAGGAUGAAGUGCGGGACAGAGCUACCUACUACCACGCCAUCCUGGCCACUCGAGACUCAACACUCAUCCACCGCUACAUCCUCAACCCUCCACAGUUUGCCCUACCGAGUCUGGAGCGUGCGCUGGUCCAGUACCUGCAGACCACCACCGCUGAGCCCUUUGAGACCCGCACCGUGCCCACCGCCCCGCCUCCCCAGGAAGAGAAGAAGACCCCCAGCAUCAUGGAGGUGACGCCCGCCCAGGAGGAACGCAUCAUUCCCACGCACGAAAAGUAUGCCGAGCAGCUGUCGGCUAUCCCUCAGUUUGCACACCUGGGGCCGCUGUUCAAGUCAUCAGUGCCGGUGGAGCUGACGGAGGCUGAGACGGAGUACAUGGUGCGCUGCAUCAAACACACCUUCCAGAACCAUAUAGUGUUGCAGUUCGACUGCACCAACACGCUCAAUGAUCAGCUGCUGGAGAACGUGAAUGUUGUGGCGGAGGGGGAGGGAUGGGUGGUGCAGGUCUCCCUCCCCUGCCCCUCCCUGCCCUACUCACAGCUUGGCUCCUGCUACACACUGCUGCCUAUUCCUGAAGACAUCAUGUCCACCACUGGCACGCUGUCAGCCACGCUCAAGUUCACGGUGAGGGACUGCGACCCAGCCACCGGCGAGCCCGACACGGAUGAGGGCUACGAGGAUGACUACACGCUGGAGGAUGUUGAGAUUACUGUCGCUGACCACGUACAACGUGCGGCGCGCAGCAACUUUGCAGCAGGUUGGGAGGAGCUGGGUGCCACCAAUGAACUGGAGGACACCUUUGCUCUGUCUGCCAUGAGCACGCUGGAGGAGGCCGUCACGCAGAUCACACAGUUCCUCGGCAUGCACCCCUGCGACCGUUCUGACCGCAUUCCAGAGGGCAAGAGUUCUCACACCCUAUACCUUGCAGGCACUUAUCGGGGAGGUCACGAGGUGCUGGUUAGGGCCAAGCUUGCCUUGGCCGACGGGGUCACCAUGCAGCUCACGGUGCGUUCAGAUGACCCAGAGGUCUCUGAAGUCAUCGCCUCAGCCGUCGGUUAAGAGGGUCACCAGCCUGGGAGGGAGUCGAGUGGGUGGCCAGAAGGGUGUUGUCUGUUUGCAGAAAGUACCCACUGAGAUAUAUAUAUACACACACACACACAAUUUUUUUUCUUUUUCAUAGUGUCACCGAAUACUACAGCGAAACAUGAAGGGGAGGCUAUACAUAGAGUAUUCUGUUAUUAUUGUUUUUACUAAAAUUAUUAUUAUUAUUAUUAUUAUUAUUAUUAUUAUCAUUAUUGUGAUGUUAUUUUGUUAUCACCGCAGAGGAACAAUUUUUUCUAAGGUUUGCUUUAGGUUCACUGUUCAUCUUUAAAAAGCAGAUUCUAAACUGCAAUUAAAGUGAAGAAUCAGAA